AUGCUGUGGGAUGUGGAUGCUGGUUUGGCACAACUUGAUAAAUAUUUAUAUUCAAAUGAGGAUUAUAUUAAGGCUGGUGCUCUUCUCGCCAUCGGAUUAGUAAAUACUGGCGUUCGUAAUGAAAAUGAUCCCGCUUUUGCGUUACUUUCCGAACAUAUUGAAAAUGAUGUUCGAGAUUUACUUCUUCCUCUCGUAAGUGAUACUACUUUAAAUAUGGAACUAGCUUCUCUCGCGGCUUUGUCUCUAGGUCUGGUUUUUGUUGGAUCUUGUAAUGGAGAUAUCACAAGCACAAUAUUGCAAACGAUGAUGGAACGUGAGGAUUCUCAAUUGAAAGAAACUUGGGGCAGGUUUAUGGGGCUCGGAUUAGCUUUACUUUACCUCGGUAAACAAGAUGCUGCAGAAGUGACUUUAGAAACUUUGAAGGCUAUAGAACAUCCUCUUAGCAAGCAGGUCGCAGUUCUAGUUGAAAUUUGUUCAUAUGCAGGGACUGGAAAUGUACUUAAAGUGCAGAAUAUGUUGCAUCUUUGUAAUGAUCAUUUAGAUAAAGACAAAGAGGAUGAUUUGUAUCAAGCUUUUGCUGUCUUAGGUGUAGCAUUGAUAGCCAUGGGUGAAGAUAUUGGUGCUGAGAUGGCAUUAAGGUCAUUUAACCAUUUGAUGCAUUAUGGUGAACCUGUUAUUCGUCGCGCAGUUCCCCUUGCAAUAGGCUUGCUUUGUGCAUCCAAUCCUUUGCUCAGUGUUUUAGAAACACUUAGUAAAUAUUCUCAUGAAAAUGAUACAGAUGUUGCUAUUAACGCGAUAUUUGCUAUGGGUCUUGUUGGCGCAGGAACGAAUAAUGCAAGAUUGGCACAGAUGUUGAGACAAUUGGCAUCAUAUUAUCAUAAAGAACCCAAUUGUUUAUUUAUGGUUCGAAUUGCACAGGGAUUGUUACAUAUGGGGAAAGGGACAAUAUCGAUUAACCCGUAUCAUUCUGAUCGACAAUUAAUGUCACCUGUCGGAAUAGCUGGUCUCUUAACAACACUAAUUGCUUUCACGGACGUUAAAAUGCGUGAGUUCCUUUUCCAUAAUCAUUCUGAGAUGAUAAAGAUUUAUUUUUAA